AUGGCCUCGCCACGAUAUCUCGCGCCCGCUCUACGUUAUGGCGCAGUCGACCACUCGCCUCGCGUUCACGCGGCGCCCCUUUCACACGUCGUGGUGGCAGCGGCAGCGGGCUCGGCGGCGGCCUGCGCGCGAGCAUCCCCCGAGGGGUACGACUCGGGUCGCUCUUCGCGUUCAGCCUCAUCCUGCGCGCCUUCGCCCGAGGGCUCCGCCGCGUCUGGUGAGAGCACGCCUACAAGUGACGUCGAUCGACGCUCUUCGGCUUCUUCGACCUCCUCGUCCUCGUCGACCGCAUCGAAAUCGUCGUGGAACUCGGGCCGCUCGUCCGGUUCGCGUGGCUCCUUCGCCAGCAACCCGCUCGCGGCGCAGUUCUCGCGCGAGUCCCUGUCGGGCUAUUCGGGCCUCGACCUGACGCUUGACAUGGACGAAGAGGACGGGAGCAAGACGGAAAAGUCGCCGAUGAGUUCGCGGUCUCGCUACCUCCCACCGCGCUCGCUGGCCCACUCGGCGAAACCGUCCUGGCUCGAGAGGUUUCUCCGUCGCCUCAACUUGCACGCGGCGACCGCUGGGGGCUUGGGUAAAAUAAUCACCUUGCUUGUGUUCAUGUUCAUCGUCCUCAUCGUCCUAUGUACCAACUCGCUGGGCGCGAGCGAGCAACAGUACCACGCCCCUAAGCCCGUGCGACCUUCGUCUGUCGAGUCCCUUCCGCAGGGUCACUACCGACGCGCGCAGCUUGUAGGCCCCCACCCAACGAGCUCUUUUGACGACUCCGAACACAACCUCCACCCCGAGGAUGAGUUAAGUGCGGCUGCUCUGUCCUCCGGGUCCAAGGGUGUCUCGGCCAAGGGGCAACCGCAGUAUGGCGGCGACGUGCUCUACCUCAACACCAAGCCCAACCCGCCGCCCCACGAAGUCGAGACCAACUACCUGGCCAGCGACAAAGUUCCGCUCCGAUUCGCAAGUGACGCGGCCGACCACGAGACGCAGGAACACCUCUUGAACGUCAAGCUCGGACGACGCGGCGGUCAGAUCCCUCUCGGUGGCGGCCGAUAG